AAUGGAUUGGUGCAAUUGCAUGGUGAUCGAACCGGCGAAAUAGCGAGCUUUCGGGCGUGAUGUCUGUUAUAUAAGGGAUGCAACGAACGGAUCAUCCUUCGAAUUUCUCUUUUCAACCACGCCGAUCCAUCUUCAAACUCAAGAGAAAGCCAUCAGUGCCUGGAAAACCCCUUUAUUGGAACCUGCCUGUCUUCUCGGGAACAAAAUGCCUUCCAAGAAUAUGUUCACUAGCUUGCUAGCAGCGGCUAGCCUGAUGGCUUCCGGCGUGUAUGCUGCUGAAGCCACCGAUAUGGGUGCUGCGGCAUUCUUGUGGCCACCAGACAGAGCUUGGGGAGCCACCUGGGACACCACAGCCCCUUGCGGUUCAUCGGCGGGAGUUACAAACCGAACCGAGUUUCCUCUCACAAAUGGUGCAGUUUCUAUAGUCCUUCAGGAUGAAUCAUACUCCGUUAACCUCGCUAUCUCCUUUGACAAUGACCCCACCAAGAAUGCCGAUUUCACCACUGUUGUGGCUGGCAGCCGCUUUCCUGACGUCGAGCCUGGUCACGAAUGUUAUUCAGUGCCCAACCCACCAUCCAACAUCACUUCCGGCUCCAACGCUACUCUUCAGUUGAAAUACAUCUCCGACUUCGACAAUGACGGUAACGAGACCUACUAUGCAUGUGCUGAUAUUACCUACGUACCGUAUAGCUCAUUCACCACCGACAUCCCAUGCUUCAAUGUCUCAGAGGCCGACACGAGCAGCUCGUCUUCGUCGUCGUCCUCGUCCUCGUCAACCACAUCGGCUAGCAGUUCCAGCAGCAGCAGCUCGGGAGGCUCGAACGGACUGUCUGGAGGCGACAUUGCAGGAAUCGUGGUAGGAACUGUGGCUGGUGCUGCGCUGAUAGGUGCAGCCGCAUUUUUCCUCGGUCGGUACUGGCAGAAGAGGGUGCAGCGCGAACAUGAAGUCGCUAUGAACAUGAUGAACCCGGCUCAGAAGACGUGGUCGGCUUCGACGGCUGGUCGCCAACAGCAGCAGGCAUAGAGCGCCAGCAUUCUUAUGAUAAAACGAUAGGG